GUUGAAAUUUAAACGCGAAGAAAAGAUUAAUAAAACUCUCAUUGAUCGCGCUGUUAUGCAACCAGUUGAGUUUGAUAUGAAUCAAUUAAGGAAGGAAAUGGAAGAACAUGAGAGAUUUGCUGAGGAAAAACGAAAACGCGCUGAAGAAGUGAAAUUGGUUAAAGAAAAGGAGAGGUUGAGGAGAUUGGAAAGAAAAACAAGAAAAAGAAGUUUAAUUGGUGUCGAUGGUUUAGAAGCUGAGGAACCUGAAGAGCCACUUAAAGAACAAAAACCAAAACGAAAACGACGUAAAAAGCAUCCUUAUGAUAGUCUAAAAAAAGGAAUCAAUUCUUUAUUGGAAGAUACAGACGAUUCAGAUGAAGAAUACAUGCCUAAUUCAAAUAAUGAAAAGACAGAAACAAAACGAGCUGCUAUUCCAAGAGAAGUCAAAAAACCUAGUGUGAAUGUUCAAGAAAAUGAAAACAUCGAAAAUCCCAGCGAUAAUGAUAAAAAUUUAGAGCCAGGUUCUUUAAUGAUUGUUCCUUCUUCACAAUCGGGAAAAACUUUAUAUAAAGUCUUUAUGAUUACAGACGAUCGUGGUAAACAAGAGGUUGAUAUGGAUGGGAAAACUAUAGAACAACUUACCCAAGAAAAUAACGAAAAAUCUGUUAACAUUCAAAAUAUCAUCACAAUAUCCGAAAAUGUUAUUGUGGAUGAACAAACGCCCAUCAGUACUAACGAAAAUAAUAUUGAAAUUACAAAAGACAGUAUCAUUUUUGAUUUCGACGAAUGUCCAAUCAAUUCAAGCAAUAAUUCGAACAUUACAAUUUCACAUGAUGAUAACAAAAUGACGAUUGUCACUGAGAGUUAAAAAAAAAACACUGUUAUUUAAUGGACCGCAUUUUACAUGUACUCGUUAUACUUUUUUUUUUAUUAUUUAUUUCUGUGGUGCUUAGUUUUUAAUUUAUAUAUUUCCGAGUUGAAACGCGCUGAAGCUGAUUCUCCUGAUAUAAUGAAGUAAGAGUUACUUUAUUUGUGUUGUUUGUAUCUUUUUAUAUGCUAUUGAUGAAGCUUUAUAAGCUCUUAAUAAACGCCAGUUGAACAUAAUAAAAU